CAAACUGCUGCUGUUGUUUUUUUUUUUGUAUUUGUGGCUGUUGUCACUAUUGCUAUCGGUUAAUGGUCAUUGUACCUGGUCUCGUAGUAAUUAAGAUAAGUUAUGCAUUGCACAUGGUUAGUACUGGGCUGGGAAGUUAAAAGCGAUAGGAAAGGAAUAUUAUGGACGUUGAAUGCGCCAGUAGACUUUAUAAUGGAGACUUUUACGCUGUGAGUGCUUUUGACUUACAGAACAUCGUGUUUAGAUUGGAUUAUUACCUUCGCAAUUGUUAAUGAUUUCCUUAUCACACGAAGACUAAUUUCUUUCUACGACAGCUGGUACUGCUUUCAUCGUAAACGCCAUAACUUCAGCAAGCAUUUCUUUUCCUUUUUGUUUUUUUUAUUUUUGACUUAACUAACCAUAAAGAAAAGAGAUUAUGAGUGAGAAUUGGUUCAACGAAACGCAGUAUGAAAUACAUUCAAAGGAAUCGGAGUCUCGUAUAGUUCUGAUAUAUAUGUUUUCUUCACCAUGGAGGAGUGAAAUGUCAAAUCCAUCCAUGUAGGAUUUGAACAAAAAUGUUCCUGAAAACUUGAUACAAUAGAAGUUCGAUCGAUCUAACAAUCAAUACCUUCUAUAACCAUUACUAUAAUACAAAUAACUGCGACAAUACAUUGAACUAGUGGCUUUAUAUUUAAUACUGGAACUGAGACGAUCAUUGCCGACCUACAGAAAAGGCCAAUCUAAUAUUUUACAAGAAUCCUAAGAAAGCUUUUUGAGAUUUGAGGAGACCUGUUGUCACCAACCCUCAAAACAUCAACCUUGCUGACUAACAUAGCAUGUAAUAAUAAUAAUAAUAAUAAUAAUAAUAAUAAUAAUAAUAAUAAUAAUAAUAAAGAUGUGGUCGUCAAAAGAUGAAGAUGCUCCACAGGAUAGUUUGAAUACAGUAAUGGUUUUGGCGCAGAAGUUAAAAUUGAGCAAACCUGAAACAAGUGUAUGUAUGUACAAUAGCUUUUGCUGCGGCGACAUGAAAAAAACGAGUAGUCCGCGUGAUGACAAAAACAGCUCGCAGAGCAGUAAACAAUCCGUUUGGCGCUUCAAUAGAGGUAAAACUACGUCAGAAACGUUUGUACAAUCUAAUGGAAUUGGCGAUCAUUCUCAUAGGGAUACGGAAGGGGUUAAUGGAGGACUGAGUCCAAUACUGAAAACCAGAAGCCAAAUAAAUCAACAGCGAAACCCGUUAAAAUCUCAAACAGCGAUUGAUAUUGGUUCUGAUAUCGACGAGACGACAAGUUCAAACGAUAGUGAUUUUUCAGAUAUUUAUACAAGUGAUGAUUGCUGUAAGGAACCACCACCACACGUUGAUCAGUGUCCUGGUUAUAAUUCUAGCAACGUGGACAAUGCAUUUGUAAAUAAAAGCCACGUGGUUUAUACGAAGGAACCUGUCGAUACUGCGGUAGAAAAAGACGCGAAUGAGAAUAUCGAUACGCACCGGAAGGAAGACACUAAGAUCUCUGUAGCAAAAGAUAAGCAGACGUGUGCAAGAAGAGAUAUCUCAAGGGAACAAAUCUCUUCCGAUAAUUCCCAAGUGUUUACUGUUCAAACAAACCCAAAACCCGUCAAUCUCAUUGAAAAAAACAAUGAAGACUCCUUUACAAACAAGCAAACAACUAGAGCUUUCUCAGCUUCGAAGGAAAGCACGUCAUUUUUGCAGCCAUGUUCUUCUAAGCAAAAAAUUCAGAUUGAUCGGCGUGAUUUAGAAUCAAAAGACACAAAAGAGUCCUCUGGAAUUAAAGACGAUAAUUCAAAUUCCAGGGUUCAUCGAUUAACUGUUGAUAAGAACCAACUUAACUCCAAAGAAAUUAACUCGUCUUUUGAAGAUGAGUCUCCUUCAUUAGACAAAACAGAAACCGAUAAACAAAUGUUAUCCAUCAAUAAAUGCAACGAUUUUAUAAGGAACAAUUACUUUUCUGAAGCCAGUGGAACUUUACCAAAAGACAGUGAGAUUAAUAACUCCGAAAGAAAACGUUCUGAAAACAACUCACAUGACUUCGGUCAAAAACUGAAUAUUUUACAAGGAGAAUUGGUACAGCUGCGACAACAUGACGAACAACUCGCCACGCAGUUCUUACAGAUAUACCGAGACAUCCAAAUACUAAAAGUGCAAAGAGCCUGUCAAACCCACCAAGAUCUUUUGGACGAUGCGAUCGACGAAGUUGAAGAAAGAGAUCGAUUGAUUGAUUUGUGCGAUGCGCCACCUCUCAAGUACAGCGAAUCAAAACUAAGACACUGCGGACUGACCAAGAUGAAUAUAUGUUCAAGGCGGUUCUCCUGUAGUUAGACGACGAUGACGAUGACAAUUAAUGGUAAUAAAAAAUAAUCAUAAGUGA